AUGGCUUUGAAAUUUCACAUAACAGUAACAUAUUUGUCUUUAAUUUUAGGUUUCAUUCUUGGAGCCAAAUCUUCACUUUUUGACGUAAGAACAUAUGGUGCAAAACCUAACACGGACAUAAGUCAGGCUAUCUCAACUGCAUGGAAAAGUGCUUGUGCAUCACCAACUCAAAGUGUAUUAUUUAUUCCAAGUGGGGUAUUCUAUUUAAAACGAGCUAUAUUACAAGGACCAUGUAAGGCUCCAAUAAAGGUUCAACUUCAAGGAACACUGAGGGCCUUAAAUGAUCUAACUGGUUUCAAGGAUGAAGAUGGUUGGGUUAUAUUUGAACAUAUUAAUGACCUAAAUUUAAUGGGAGGUGGUACUUUUGAUGGACAAGGUAAAUCAGUUUGGGGCAAACAAUGUGGAAAAGGCAAAUAUUGUAGUAAAUAUCCCAUGAAUAUAAGAUUCGAUUACAUCACCAAUUCCUUAAUUCAAGAUAUAACAUCGUUGGAUAGCAAACAAUUUCAUAUGAAUGUGUUAGGUUGCCAAAAUGUUACCUUUUUACAUGUUCAUGUAAUUGCAAAUGGUGAUAGUCCUAACACAGAUGGAAUCCAUAUUGGGCGAUCAUUUAUGAUAAACAUAACAGAUGUAAAUAUUCAAACGGGAGAUGAUUGUAUUUCUCUUGGUGAUGGAAGUAAAAAAAUAACUAUUACAAAGGUUACAUGUGGACCUGGCCAUGGUAUCAGUGUUGGAAGCCUUGGAAAAUAUAUGAAUGAACAGCCUGUAGAAGGAGUGUUUGUUAGAAAUUGUACAUUAAUAAAUACAAUGAAUGGAUUAAGAAUCAAAACAUGGCCAAAUUCAUUUGUUGGAUUAGCUUCUAAUAUCCAUUUUGAGGAUAUUAUCAUGGAAAAUGUGGGCAACCCUAUUUAUAUUGACCAAGAAUAUUGUCCUUGGAAUCAAUGCAACAAAGCGGUUCCAUCAAAAGUUCAAAUAAAAGAUGUGAGCUUCAAGGAUAUUCGUGGUACUUCUGCAACAGCAAAUGCUAUAAACUUUAUUUGCAGUAGUGGUUUUCCAUGCCAAAAUGUUGAAGUUGUUAAUAUUGAUCUUAGAUAUAAUGGAAAACAAGGUCAUAUUACAUCUCAAUGUAAAAAUAUCAAACCCAGGAUACUUGGAAUUCACAACCCAACUGCAUGCCUCGCUAGCUAA